UUAAUAAUAAAAAAAAAAUACCUCUCUCUUUUUUUUUUUUUUUUUUUUUUCUUCUCUUUCCUGCAAAAAAAAUAAAAAUAAAAAAAUAUUUAUACACCCAUGAGCUCUGAAAGUGAUUUUGAUAUGUACGAGGAGGAGUCUGAGUUUGGUAGUUCCAUGAGUGGAAGUGGAUAUAACAGUAAUGACGAAGGCAUGGAAGACUUUGAUCCCGAUACCAAACCAAAAGCAUACCAAGUUGAAUACAACGUCUUGAGCUGUAACCAUUUAAAGAGUAAACAAGACAAGGAAGUAUCUCAAGUGUCCAUCAUUCUAGGAUUGUCGACAGAAGAUGCAGCGACUUUACUACGCUAUUUUCGUUGGAAUAAGGAAAAAUUAUUCGAACAAUACAUGGAAUCCUCUGAAAAGGUAUUGAGACAAGCCGGUGUUUCCUCUGUUUCGAAUUUAAGGCAUGCUUUAGUAUUGGCUAGAGAUGUGGGAGGUGAUUUCAUGUGUGAGAUAUGCUGUGACGACUCACCCGACAUGGAAACCAUCAGUAUAUCCUGUGGACAUCGAUUCUGUAAGAAAUGUUACACGCAUUACAUUAACCAGAAAAUAAGAGAAGAAGGAGAAAGUAGAAGAAUACAAUGUCCAGAAAAUAAUUGUCCAGUCAUCGUUGAUGAAAAGACCGUGGCAUUGUUGGUCGAUAACGAAACAAACCUCAAAUACCAUGAAUUGUUAAAUAGAACAUUUGUGGAUGACAAUGAUUUCCUAAGAUGGUGUCCUGCCCCAGACUGUGAAUACGCCAUCGAAUGUACUGUACCAAGUACCUCUUUAAAUUCAAUCGUACCAACUGUCCAAUGUUUAUGUCAUUGUAGAUUUUGCUUUGGAUGUGGUUUGGAUGAUCAUCAACCCUGUAUCUGUAUACUCGUUAAAAAAUGGUUACAGAAAUGUGAGGAUGAUUCAGAGACAGCAAACUGGAUUUCAGCCCAUACAAAAGAAUGUCCUAAAUGUCACUCCACUAUCGAAAAGAAUGGUGGUUGUAACCACAUGACCUGUAGAAAGUGUAGAUACGAGUUUUGUUGGGUCUGUAUGGGUCCUUGGUCAGAGCAUGGUACUUCUUGGUACACAUGUAAUAGAUAUGAUGAAAAGAGUAGUGAAAAUGCAAGAGAUAAUCAAACACAGUCAAGAGCAAGUUUAGAGAGAUAUCUGCAUUACUACAAUAGAUAUGCAAAUCAUGAACAAUCAGCCAAAUUAGAUCAAGACCUCUAUCAAAAGACAGAAAAGAAGAUGGAGGAAAUGCAACAGACAAGUGAUCUGUCAUGGAUUGAAGUACAAUUUCUUAAAAAGGCAGUGGAUGUAACCGUUCAAAGUAGAACUACACUCAAGUGGACUUACGCCUUUGCCUUUUAUCUUGACAGAACCAACGAAACAGAGCUAUUUGAGGAUAACCAGCGUGACUUGGAAAUGGCCACAGAACAAUUAUCAGAACUCUUGGAAAAACCUUUAGAACCACAAAAGAUUGCUGAAUUAAGACAGGCUGUAUUAGAUAAGACGGUCUAUGUUAAAUUAAGAAGAGAAAUUUUGUUAGAAGACACUGCAAAGGGUCUACAAGACGGAAGAUGGAAGUUUUUCGUUGAUUUAAAAUAAAAAAAAAAAUACAUUACAGUGUGACUCUCUU